UAUGCCAGAACACACUUCUAAGACGACAUACAGACAUGGCUAGGUAGUUAUAGGCGUUAUCUUUCGCCUACAGCAGGGAAAUCGCUACAUUGUGGAAGAGCACUCAAAUAACAUGGGUCCUGUAGUCGCUAUCCUGGGCUUUAUUGCCAUCUCUGGCUCUCUGAUCUGGGCAGCACCAACCCCACACGAUGACCAAUGUUUUGACCGAAAGGAUUGUUCAGCCUACGACAUCAAGAAAUCGUGUUGUGGGUCGUACGAGGCUUUCUCCAGAUACAACUGUGCCAGACACUGCCGAUUUUGUGAUCCUACAGUGACCGUUGCACCGCUAUGUACGGACACCAUUGACAACUGCAAGCAGUAUAACUCUGACCUCUGUGAUAACCCCACGUACGCCGGCUUUGUGCAAAGUAAUUGUGCAGGCUUCUGCAAAGUGUGCGAAAGACCCGUCUACUACCCUGAUUGCGCACGUGGAUCUUCAAAUGGGUCGACCACAGCCCAUCCAGGUCUCAUGACACCCAAGGCAACACCACAAACUACCCCCUCUACAACACCGGCGCCUACAACGCAGCCCCAAGACAAAUGUAUGUUUGAAGACCGGUACUAUUCUCAAGGAGAGACGUGGUUCAGCAACAAUUGCCGACAGAAGUGCACGUGCAAGGACGCUGUGAAUGACGUCAGUGAAUGUGGCCCCCCGAAUUGCCCCAAGUGGAUCCACAACUGUGACCUGAUCCAUCCUGAAGGUGCAUGCUGUCCUAUUCUCAAGUGCAACUACUUCCAGACUAUUCACGGCCCGGGGUCUCUCCUCGGCGGGAAAUAAAACAAUCAGCUGAAUAAACAGUAUAUAUAAACUGUA